CUUCUAAGAUCCAGACAUCAUUCUAAUAGUUUGUUACCAUUAAUGAAAGUGGUGGUUAUUCGGAACCAGAACGUGGCGGCUUGGCAUCCAGAACCUUCGUUUCCUUACGAACAGACGAGGCCGUUAUUAUCGGAAACUACCGAGGAUCAGGUGUGGUACUUUUGGCUCUCAGAUGCUAAGAGUAAACCAGUACCAGGAUCAACCACCGUCUUACUCAAAAACAUUUUUUAUACCUCUAAGCACGAGUGGUUCACUAGGACCAGAGAAGAACGUCUUCGGAGUGUUGCAGCUCCCACGCCUCGAAAAAACUAG